AUGGAGAAAAUAACUAAGUGGGACUUAGGAUCAUUCAGAACGUACUACUCCGUUGAACCUAGUGAGAAGUUUCACGAAGACGAGUAUCUAGACGGUAGCCUCGUUCCUCGUCUUGAAACCGAGUUAUGGAAGGCUCAAUCUAGAAUCAAAGAGCUUGAGACAGAAAAGUUUGGAUCCACAGAAAAUAUUAGAUCUUUCAUCAGAGACCAAAGAAUAAUCCGGGAAGAAAACAGACCACUUGUUGAUUACUUGAAAAAGAAGUUAAGCAAAGAGAGGGAGGAAAUGAAAAGAGCUAAUAUCGAGAUCUAUCUUAUUAAAACAGACAUUCGCGGGUCGAAGAAGAUGUGGGAUAUGGAAUCAUAAGUGAAUCGGCUGAGGAGAGAAAGAGACACACUGGAGAAGGUGUGCGAAGAACUGGUGACGAGGAUCGAUGAUUUGAAGGCAGAAACAAGAAGAAAAUGGGAUGAGACGGAGGAGGAGAUGCAGAUGUUGCAAAUGGCUGAAUUGUGGAGGGAGGAAAGUGUUAGGGUUAAGUUGAUGGAUUCAAAACUUUCCUUGGAAGAAAAGUAUGAAGAGAUGAAUUAGUUUGUUGAUGAGUUAGAGAAGUGUUUGAUGAUGGCAAGAAAAGUGGGACCUGAGGAGAUGAAGUUGAAAAGAGUUGAAGGUUUGAUUAAGAUGGCAAGAUCUUUGGAAGAUGCAGCCAACAAUUUUGAGUUUGUGGCUCUUAAGGAUAACUAAUGUUCUAAAAGUAAUAUAGAUGGCUCUAAUUAUAUUCUUGAAUUUACCGGUUAGUAAAAUAUGUUGUUUGAAGCAUCUAAGCUUAGGUUAAUGCCUACUUAUGCAAAGAUCAUCCUCUCAAAAAUAUCGUUUGAAGAAUUUUCAGAGUUAUUUUUUAACGAUGUG